AUGAAAUAUGAAGACACAAUUCCGGUGCUUAGUGAUAAAGAUCUCAACUAUUCCGUCAUGCAGAACAUAACAGUGUACAGAACACCGUGUAAAUAUGAAGGCGAGGGCCAAUGUUACUAUUCAGAUAAACACCUUCUAGAUGAAAUCUACGCCUUUCUAAAACCCCAGAUACAUGAAUGGUUUUUUACAGUGCUAUAUAUCAUAGUCUUUAUUUUUGGCUUAACGGGAAAUUCUUUGGUAUGUUUUGUAGUUUGGAGAACUUUACGACUGCGAACCACAACUAAUUUAUUUUUAGUAAAUUUGGCUGUAGCUGAUUUGUUAGUUCUCAUCUUGUGCCUGCCACCAUCGUACGCUCAAACAAUCUGGGAAACUUGGUUUCUUGGUAAUGUUAUGUGUAAAGUGGUUGAAUGGUACCAGAGCGUGUCAGUUGUAGUGUCAGUUUUAACACUAACAUCUAUUUCAAUCGAGAGAUGGCUGGCCAUUUGUCAUUCUGUGAAAUUUCAAGAGAACAGAAACCACGUAGUUAUUGCUAUCAUUAUUAUAUGGAUUAUUGGUCACGUGGCAUCGAUUCCACGUCUUAUUAUAUUUUCUGUGACGACAGACUCCCUGAUUCCUGAUAAUUUGACCAUAUUGAUGUCAGCCUGUACACCAUAUGAACACAGACAAGCCGCCUUAGUGAAUGAGAUUGUGUGUUUGACAUUAUUUUUUCUACUUCCUAUUACUAUCAUGGGGUUUACUUACCUCUCUGUUGCCUUCAGUUUGUGGUCGAGCAUAAAAGAUGGAGAGUUUUUAAAUGAGCGUAGUUGUCAGAAUAUGUCAUAUCAACUUCAAGCUCGGCGGAGAAUCGCUAAAAUGCUAAUAGUGGUUGUCAUCUGUUUCAUUUUGUGCUUUCUCCCUGGUUACGUGUGGAACAUUUUAAGAUUAACGAAUCAUCCCAUUAUAGAUGUCACACCAUCAGCAGUUGGCCUUACAGUUCAUCUACUCAUUUAUAUAAAUAGCUCAAUUAAUCCACUUAUAUACAACUUUAUGAGCUACACACCAGACCACAAUUAA